GACAUGGGUCUUCGGUUGCUUAUAGAAGUUGCAAUUUGCAAUUUUAAUUUCAUCUAAAAACUUAAAUGAUUUAGAAGUAUUAUUCAUUAGUUUAAAGAACAUAAGUAUAUCUAGUGGCACUAGUUAUUUUGGUAUUUCUGGUCAGUCAGUGAGAUCAGUUAACUCUAGUAAUGGAUACUAUAAAGAAUGAUAAAUCGAGUUUGGGUACUAAUUUGGAAAAGGAGCAGUUAUUGAUGAACCAAAAACCUCCAGGUGUAAAAUGUGACAUAGUUAACGAAUGUCAAAUGUUUUUGAAAGCUGAAGAUGGUGGCGGUGAUGCUCAUUUAAAAAUGACCGACAGUAUUUCUACAAAGAUUGAUGGUGAGAAUGAUAUUGUAAGGCCUACAACAAGUAAAAAACAAGAAGAAACAUCUGAGAAGGCAAUGGAGGAGAACAAAAAUGAGAGUGAUUCAGAAGCGAAUGAAGAGAUGCCCAGCACUGUUACAGUAUUGGACACACCAGAUGGUGGAAAGGUUUAUUUAGUAGGAACGGCACAUUUCAGCAUUAAAUCUCAAGAGGAUGUGUCUAGGGUCAUUCAAGAAGUAAGUCCACAUAUAGUAAUGGUUGAACUAUGUGAGCAGAGAACAAAUAUUCUUCUCCUUGAUGAAGAGAUUAUUUUAAGGGAGGCUAAAAAUAUAAACAUAAAAAAGAUAAGAGCAACAAUGGCACAGAAUGGAGUUUUCAAUGGCUUAAUGUAUAUCCUACUUUUGAAUAUGUCAGCACAUAUUACCCGUGAACUUGGUAUGGCCCCCGGGGGAGAGUUUCGUCGUGCUAUGGCGGAGGCAAAAAAGAUACCUAAUUGCGUACUUCAACUGGGCGACAGAGCUAUUGAUAUAACAUUGCAUAGAGCCAUAGCCUCAUUAACAUGGGGACAGACAAUACGCUUCAUUUGGCAUCUGCUUACUUCCAAUCAAAGUAUCAGUGUCGAGGAAGUUGAGAAAUGCAAGAUGAAGAAGAUGCUGGACGACAUGCUGGAGGAGAUGGCGGAGGAGUUCCCGGCGCUCAAGCGAGUGUUCGUGGUGGAGCGUGACAUGUACCUCUGCCAUUCGCUGCAGAUCGCUGCAAUGCAGCCGCGUAACGAGCCGUGCCGCAUCGUGGGUGUGGUGGGCAUCGGUCAUGUGGCCGGCAUCGUGGAACACUGGGGCAAGAUCACUGCGCAGGACAUCACGCCGCUACUUGUCGUUCCACCGCCGUCGUUGUCGACACGCAUUUUACGCGUGAGCGUGCGCGCGGCCUGCGCGGGCGCCAUCAUCUACGCCGUGUACAAGUUCUUCCCGCGGCGUCUGCUGCCCUGAUGACUCACCGCGUCACUACCCUCCCACAACACACACUGGCUCACUAACGGCUCUGUUGGCGACAUCUACGAAAUAGUUAACGACCUUUUAAUAAUAUUCGAAAUCAUCUUAAUCUAUUAUUGUUAUAGAAUAUUGUAAAAAUGAAAAUUAACAUUUGUUUUCAUACAUUGUAUUAUUAAGUCGUAUUUCGAGAUGUUUUUUGAGCCACAAUUAAAGAAAAUAAUAAAAAAAAUAUGCAAAUAUAUGUAAUUUUAGUGUUCCCAAUUAUAUGAAUUGUCUGAAUAUGUUUAAAAUUGUAAAAGUCUCGACUUGAUAUAUGUAUGUUCGUGUGAAUUGUUAAAUAAUAAAAAUUUGUUUGUUGUACUGUUAUUUUCUACUAAAGGAGAUAUGGAAACUAUUCUCGUUUAUGGAAUUAUCUCUUUGGUUUCUAUUUGAUUUAAAGUCUGAAGGCUAACAUUAUAAAAAAAUAUUUUUUAAAUAUUUGUAAUAAGUCAAAAAUGUGUAUAUUUAGCUUCCGAUUAAAAAAGUACAUUGGUCUUAAUAAGUUUUUAUGAUUUUAAAUAAGUAUAUAUGUUUCUUAAGUAACACAUAUUUUAAAUAACUGUAUUAUCUGUCUGUCUAUGUAUUUUAUGUGUAUCCCUGCCACAGGACUCUUUAAGAGAGAAAUACUACGGUCCAUAGAAAUCUCUUAUCGGGGUUUGAAUGUAUAAU